AGAGAAAGGGCACUUGAUGCAUAUGGCCCCCAUUGCAUCUCAUCAAACCUCAUAUCGAUGUGAUCGAUAUGUACCACCAAUACACCUCCCUUUUCAUCCUCCCUGACCUCCUCUUCUUCAGAUCUUAUUUAACAAACUAAUUCCACCCUCAUUGGUCGUGAUCUAAGUAUGUCCUUUGACAGAGGAAAGGAGCCAGCAGAUCAUGGAUCAUCAGGUGAUCCACCGCCACCUUCCCCUAGUCGCUACGAGUCCCAGAAACGAAGAGACUGGAACACCUUCGGCCAGUACCUGAGAAACCAAAGGCCUCCCGUCCAUAUCUCCCACUGCAACAGCAACCAUGUGCUUGAGUUCCUACGCUACCUGGAUCAGUUCGGCAAGACCAAAGUUCACUUGCAAGGUUGUAUCUUUUACGGUCAGCCUGAGCCACCGGCUCCGUGUACCUGCCCACUUAGACAAGCCUGGGGAAGCCUUGAUGCCCUCAUCGGCCGGCUCCGUGCCGCCUACGAAGAAAACGGAGGGUCACCCGAAUCAAACCCUUUUGCCAGCAGUACGAUUCGGGUUUACCUUAGAGAAGUCAAGGACUGUCAAGCUAAAGCUAGGGGAAUCCCAUACAAAAAGAAGAAGAAGAAGACGACCUCCAUGGGAGGAGAAGACUCGAGCUCCACAGUGCAUUUCUCUUGAUCGCCAUAUAGGGAACGGAUUCGGCAAAAGAAAAGCACGCUGUUUGUAAGAUUUGUAUUAAUGUACUAGUAUUUGUCAAUCAAUUGAUAUUUGUAAUCAAAACCUAUUUGUUUAAACAAGUGUAAAUCCUAAGACUGCUCGAUAUUAUAUAUAUGUAAUUUCGGCAAUUUGCAAGGUA